ACUCGCGCAUGCGCCGUUCUUGCUCUGCGUCUGAAGAAACUUUGACCGCUCCAGUUGUUAACUAGCACACAAAUGUCCCUUACCUAACUGUUUAUUUAUUUGACAAAUAAUUAUAAAGAGAUGUGGUUUAUUUAUGUACUCAGCUGGUUGUCGCUGGUGAUACAGAUAUGUUUCGUUACCCUCGCUAUAGCUGCGGGUCUGUAUUAUUUGGCAGAGUUAAUAGAGGAGUACACAGUCGCCACCAGUCGCAUUAUAAAAUAUAUGAUACUGUUCUCCACAGCAGUUCUGGUGGGACUCUAUCUGUUCGAGGGUUUCCCCACGCUCAUGAUCGGAGUGGGUCUCUUCACUAACUUGGUUUACUUUGGGUUACUGCAGACGUUUCCCUACAUCAUGCUCACCUCACCAAACUUUAUCCUCUCGUGUGUGUUGGUCGUGUUAAACCACUACAUGGCCUUCCAGUAUUUUGCAGAGGAGUAUUAUCCAUUUUCAGAGGUUCUCGCUUACUUCACGAUAUGCCUGUGGGUGACUCCUUUCUCGUUCUUCGUGUCUCUUUCUGCUGGAGAGAACGUCCUUCCAUCCACGAUGCAACAGGGAGAUGACGUCGUUUCAAAUUACUUCACCAAAGGGAAGCGGGGCAAGCGUUCGGGCAUUCUGCUCAUAUUCUCAUUCUUGAAGGAAGCCGUUUUGCCAAGCCGACAAAAGAUGUACUAAAGAAGCGGUUCAAGUGAAUACAUAUCAGACGACAGAGGGCUUUGGCGGUGGGGUUGUUCAGACCACCUGCCCCUUCAUAUGAAAAGCAUCAUGAUUUCGUUGGAGGAUUUGGUGAAGUUGAUCAUGGGAGAGAGGACCAGAUCUGAACAAAUGCACAUACCAACUCCUGAGAUGAACCUUUUUCGAGUUGCAGGAUGAUUUCUCUUACGUGACAGGACUUGAGACGUCUUUAAGUUUUUAAAGGCUUAGUGAUUUGAUAUAUUUGAAGGUGUGUGUAUGUGAAUGAUUGUGGACGGAGCUUUCGCUCUUGAAGGCAGCGCUGUCAGUUAAAGCUCCUGCUGAUUUUCUUCUAAUCGUGUCACUUCAAAAGCCAAUGUUUACGCUCAUGAAUAAAUACAUGUGUCUGGGGGUUUGUUUGCAUUUUAAAGGAAUGUUUGAUCUCAAAACUAGUGUUUGUUGUUCUGUUAACCCACCAUCGUGCAAACAACCUCAAAAGAAUAGUUAAAAAAAGGAAAAUUGUUUCGUUGCUUUGAUUAAAAGUGUGAUUCUGUGGAAUACAGAGGGAGAAGUAGAAAUUGUCAAUUAGCUCGAACAAGAUGGUUCAUACAACCAGUUUGCUAUAUUUCAUGUCUGUCUCCACACAAAAAAAUCGAAAUAGUCGCUUUUACAAUACACUACAGUGGAUUUAAAACUUUAUUGAUUCUUCUAAAACCUAAACCGGCCAAUACAA